ACAAAUUAAAAAAUCAUUUAUCACAUAUUUAUAGAAAUUAAAAAAAUAUUUAUCACAUAUUUAUACUCAUAUAUAUGUGCUAUUAAUAGGUGUCUGCUGGUUUGGCCAGAGGUGAAACAUUUGACGAUUGGAUACGCGAGAUGGUGGUUGGACCAAACUAUGUUGUGAAGUCAUAUCCGAGAUUUUGUACUCGAGGAUAUGCAUUCACAACUGAAAAGACGAAACGUUCGCGUACGACCUAUGAUGCUGGCGUUUGUUCUGCAUCGGGAGAUGAUGUAUACUACGGACACAUACAUGAGAUUUUGGAAAUCAAGUAUUUAGGCCUGCUUGGAUUGCGCUGUACUGUUUUCUAUUGUGAUUGGCACGACAUCACUCCAGAUCGAGGUGUGAGAACAGAUGCAUUUGGUGUUACAUCAGUUAAUUCGAGACGAAAGCUGCAAUAUUAUGAUCCUUUCAUUCUUGCUUCUCAGGCCGAUCAGGUUUGUUAUAUCAAGUACCCCCGGAUAAGAAACAGAGAUGAUCCAUGGGUUACUGUUACCAGGCUCAACCCGAGAGGCCGAGUUCAGGGGAGUUCUGAGCUGGAAGACCCACUACAACCAAUCACAUCCAGUAACUUAAGUGCAGCAGAAGAUGUAGCAGGAGUUGGCCUUGUAGUAGAUUUCACCGACUUCACAGAGGAAGCCGUCGUUCACGCACAGGAUGAACCAGUUAUUGGAGAGUUUCACCAAGAUCCAGAUUCAGAUUCAUCUGCUGAUGAUGAGUCGGAAUCAGAGUAGUUUUUUUUUUUUUUUUUUUUUACUAAUUGCGAGGAAAUUUCGAGGGAAGCUAGGGUUUCCUCGAAAUUUCCUCGGAAUUACCCUUAACGGUUUAGGGGUUUGAUAAAAAUUACUUAGAUCCUCGAAAUUUCCUCGAAAUAUUCCGAGGAAAUUUCGACGACCAAGAUAAUUUUAGGGGUUUGAUUUAAAACACCUUUUUUCGUCGAAAUACCCUCGAAAUAUUUCGAGGAAAUUUCGAGGGAAUACAAAUUUUUUGGUGUUCCUCGAAAUUCCGUCGAAAUAUUUCGAGGGAAUUUCGAGGACCUAGCCAAUUUUUGGUAGUUCCUCGAAAUUCCCUCACAAUAUUUCGACGGAAUUUCGAGGAACAGGGGGUUUUAAACCGAAAACAACGUU